AUUAACUACAGGCAGUAAUCAGCCUGUGAAAACCCAUCUGCAGUCACUAAAGAGUUACAGCUUGAAUAUCCAACCAGGACAUUUUUGACGUUUGCAGACAGCCAAUAAAAGGAGAGAUCAACAGCCCAGCUGACUCAUGAAGGAAAGCCUGAGCUGUUUGAAAGCAGUUCAGAGCUGACUCGCACUUGGUUUCUGUAGCAGUUUCACUUCAUUGUCCAUAAUUUUUACGCCUGUUUUUCCAGAGCCAGCCAUCAAGAAAUGGACAAAUCAUUACCUGUAGUAGCUCAAGAAGAUUUGGAUAGCUUUACCUUGACCAGGACAGGUUCAGGCUUUGCACUCAAAGCCUUUCAUGUUUCUUGGAACACUCACAUCUUUGUGAAGCUGCUGACCAGCCAGGACACUACAGAGAGGGAGUGGAAGUUGACCCUUCAGGAUCUAGCUAGUGUCAGACACUGUAAGUCUGAACGUCUCCUGCCUUCUCUUGGAAUUUACCAGUGCCAUGGACUUGUGGGAAUAGUGACUGAAUGGAUGAACAAUGGAUCCCUCCACUCACUUAUCCAUGAGAGCCAGCUGUACCCAGAGCUUCCAUUUCCCGUACUCAUAAGGAUCCUGUCAGAUGUGGCUGAAGGGCUGCAUCACCUUCACAGACUCAAACCUGCUUUCUGCCACGGCAGACUGAAGCCUUCCAAUGUGCUUUUGGAUGCUCUGUACAGAGCUAAGAUAUCAGACUAUGGCCUAACCAAGUGGAGGAAAGAGCAACUAAGAGCAGACCUGCAGAAAUGCAACUGGAGAACCUGCCAGGAUUUAGUAUACCUCCCUCCUGAAAUACUUGAAGGAGGCCUUCCUUCCCAGGAAGGUGAUAUUUACAGUUUUGGAAUGCUGUGUUGGGAGAGCCUAAGCAGGCGUAAACCUUUUGAAGGUCAAAGGACUUUGCUGGAAGUUUUGACAGGGAUCUGCAGCAGCUUACGGCCUGGCAUUUCAGAAAAGUUUAUACCAAGCAAUUUGCCUGAGAGGAAUAGACUGUUGAAACUUAUUGCUCUGUGCUGGCAUCAGGAACCAGGUUAUAGACCACAUAUAGAAGAAUGUGUAGACCUUUUAAAUGGAAUUCUGACUAGUAUAAAUAAGGAGGCAAUUUCCACUGCUAUCUACAAUCUGAUGGAUGCAAAGGACAUGGCACUUAAUGCAUGCAAAGGCUCAGAAAUAUACAGGUUGCAGACAGGCAUGUGCAAUUCUGAGGUUGUUUGUCCACAAAAAAACAACCACUUAAUCAGCAAGAAAACUCCUUUUGUAGUGCCACGCUUGUCAAUGACUCUACUUGACAGCAGUGCAAAUGAAGAGGGAAGAGAAAAUAUUCUGGAGAUGGCUCUGUCAAAUGCUAUCCCACAGAACACAGCAACAAAGAAAGAUCACCCAGUCUCUGACAGGAGAAAAUCGGAUUCCCCCUGCAUGAGUCCUUUAUCUGGUUCCACUGCAGGCAAAGAAAACAGUCAGCAUAACAACCCACCACUGGCUCUUAAGCACAGACCACAAGUUACACAUUUUGAACAAGCAGUGACAGACUCUUGCUGCAAAGGAAACUGUUGUCAAAUACUAACCUGCCAGAGACAGACCAUAUUGAGCUGCAUGACAGAAGGCCGCCUCAACCACAUCCUUGACGUCCUUCGCUCACAGCAAAUGUUGUCUCGAAUGGAUUACGAAACAAUCAGCUCUUACCCCACAGUGACUGGCCGUGCUCGGGCAUUGUUGGACACUUGCCUUUGCCUUGGAGAGCAAGCAGCACAGGCUGUAAUGACUGUACUUUCAGUGACCAAAUGUAGUCCCCUGGGACAAGGCGGCCAUUGCCCAGAAUGUCUUUCUAAGGUAAAUAGGUGAUUGUUGUGACUUCUUCUUUUUUAGCUUGAUACAUGCAUCAGAGCACAGGUAAUUUGGAAUAGCAACAAUACACACUAAUUCCUCAAACCAUUGCCUGAAGUCAGUCCUGCCUACAGCCUAUGGUUUUUAGUCCUCUAGUGAAAAAAGCUAGUAGGAUUAAAAGGUCAAGUCAACUGCUGCCUGUAGAAAUUACCCAAUAACAAGUUCUAAUUUGGACCUCAGAAAUGUGUGCCAGAGAAAAUACAGUUCAAGUCAAAUGACACCUUAUUUCCUUCACUUUUUUUAGAAGGGAGGAAAACAGAUCAUGGCUUUUUGGAGGUCGUGCUAGGGAAGAAUGGUUUUAGCUGGGAUAGAGUUAACUUGCUUCUUAAUGGCUGGUGCAGUGCUGGAUUUACUGUGAGAAUGCUGGUAACACACUGAUGGUUUUUGCUGUUGCUAGGUAGUGCCUAUUCUAAGUUAUGGAAUUUUCAAUUUCCCAUACUCUGCCAGCAAGCAGGUGUACAAGAAGCUAGGCCAGGACAGCUGACCCAAACUAGCUAAAGGGCUAUUCCAUACCACAGGAUGUCAUGCCCAGUAUAUAAACUGGGGGAGAUGGCAGGAAGCCAUGGAUCACUACUUAGGCAUCAGUCAGCAGGAGGUGAGCAACUGCAUUGUGCAUCACUUGUCUUUUCUUGGGUUUUAAUUUCUGUUUUUGUUAUAUUCCUUUUCGUGACAGUUGUUGGUUUUCAACUGUUCUUUGCUUAUUAGUGAGUCUUACUUUUGUUUGAUUCUCUUAACCAUCCCACUAAGAGUGGGAAGGAGGGAGCAAGUGGCUGUAUGGUGCUUAGUUGCUGACUGAGGUUAAGCCAUGACAAGUUGCUACUAAAUCCUUCCAAAUGAGGACAGCAAAUGGUACUGAAUGAGGAGAAAAAAGUUACUGCCUCUCACAGAGUUCAUAUCUGAGCCAGCUGUUUUGAGUAAAAGGCUUAAAAGAAUCAAAAAGUAUUUCUUCAACAUGGCCUUAAGUGUGACUGGGAAAUUCUAUGUUAUGCAUAUAAACAACUUUAUUUUCACUCACAAAUGGUCAUAUGCUCUGAAAAUGAGGCACUGAUAGCAGCACUUCAGAAAGGUGGGGCUAAAAGAUUUAAGUGGAAAAACAUUAAUACCUUAUCUCCAUGCAGUUCUCCAAGUAUAUCUGCAGUUCACAUGUAAGAUUAAACCAGGAAGAAGAGGUGCCAAGUUGAACAUUCUGAAACAGGGGUUCUGCUGAACUGUAAAGGAAAGUAGUAAGACCAUUCUAAGGAAAAUGAGGUUAUAGAAGAUAACAUUUUUUAAAAAGGCACAGUGGGAUUCCUUCAAGGUUCAUGGCACUGGAUUAACAAGAACUUGUUAUACAACCUAACAAAUAUUUUAAAUGCAAAGCCACGUCACUCUGUUUCCCUGUGUUGCAUUUGUUCUCUCUGCAGUUUCAAACGCUUAUGGAAUUCAGUAGUUUGGCAGGUUGCAAUUUUAAAUACACUGUUUUCUAGGGAUAUUCAAGGGGUAAGAAAUACAUUACAUACCAUACAAUGGUGCUGGAACCAUAAAAGUAAUUUUUUAAACGUAAAUUCAUUACACUGUUGUAUUGUUACAAUUCAAAGCAAUGUCCCUCAGGAUGUGCUGGAAAUAGUUUUGCCUAUUAAAGUAGCUGGAUACCUACUUCUGAAUCUUUUUUUUUUCAUUUUAAGUGAGAAGUUUCAACAGUGUCUGUGAAAAAAGCUGUCUUGGUUGUGAGGAAAAGAACUGCUGUCAUGGUGUUUUGCUUGUUUAGAAAGCAUAAUAUAAUCACAGUAAAUGGAGAAUCCUUCACCUGGGGGAACUAUUCACAGGCUUUUAAGAGAAAAUGGCAAUAUUGUUAAAACUUAUCAGCUUUUGGAAAUAAUUUCCCUGAGCUGUUCUGAUGGCCACUCAAUACUUCUGAUAGAUGUGCCAGCUGGCAGGCUAUGCUGAUUUUCUUUGUUGAUAUGUUUUUGACAUAGAAACUGUUUUGGCUCAGGUGCCUACUUGAGAGUAUCAUUUCAGGACAGAUCUAAGCCCAGUCUUAACUGUUAAUUACAGAACUGGCAUCAAAUCAAUGGGAGCCCAAGUUAUCUGUGUUUUCAGACAGAUUUCUGUUCUCCUCUAGCUUUCCAAGAGGAUAUGACCUUAGUUAGGUCUAUUGCUAUCAUGCUUACCCAACUUUUUAAAAGAUAACCCAAGGAGACAGUUUAUAACCAAUUGCAAAACAAAGGAAAACUUUUUACUUCCUAAACAAAAAACUUCAAACAAAAGCAGAUUUUUUGCAAUCUUGCUCAAAUGAAGUCAAUGCAUCAGUGGGAGCUUUUUUUUUUAUGUGGCUACCUUGGCUAAAAAUAGUGUCAUAAUUAGCUAUGCUACUGACAAAACCUUGCUACAUACUUAAGUUCAAGUAGCCAAAUGCACAGACUUCCUCAUAACUCUCCUUUGUGUAAUGUAAACACUUAAAUUUUGGGGUGGUUUGACAGUUGCAGCUGUUGGGAUUCUUUAAGUGGGGUAUUUUCAAAAGGAUGCUACUAGUUUCUUGAAAUGAAACUGCUAAUGAUAGAGUCUUGAUACAAAACUAGAAUACAGUGACCUGGAACUAGCAUAAUUUUGUCCCACUAGAAACACACACUUUUAUAAGGUCUAUCAUACGUUGGCUAUGUAACAAAGACACUAAUGUACUGUGGUGAUCACUGAUGUGAAAUAUCAAUCUGCUUAAAGCUUAUGGUAUUUUGCUUGUACUAAAGCUACUUUACUACCUAAGAUUUCUGUUGUCUGUGGCUCUGUGUCCUGCAGUUCUCUUGAUAUCACAAAUACAGAAUAAACCAUGCUAAGCAAGAGUAAAGAUAGAAGAAUCAAACUGUUCUGUAGUAUCUGCACCUUGACUGUGAAGAAUAUCUAGAUUCAUGGGAUGGAAAUGUAAAGCAUGAGAAAUUCCAGACAAGAGAAAAGGGAAUAAGAAGUCACUUCAGGACUGGCCAUAAAAAGAGAUUAUUAAAACUCGUUGCACUUACUCAGAGGAGGUACAACUAAAAAUAGUAGAUGUUAAAAAUGGACAAAUUCUAUUAAGCUAUUUAGAGUUAUUAAAGGAAUAGUAAGUGGAGUAGACAGAUGGCCAUUUUUCUGACUCUACUGUAGUAUAUUUUUCUUCUUGAUGCUGGUUGCAGCUAUCUUUUGCUGACUUGUAAAAAGAUGACUGUCCCUUGCCCUUUUCCCUAUCUAUAUAGCACCUUUAUCUUAGCUGGGAUACUUCCUGCAAUGUAAGGACUUCUGUGCUAGAAUUUGUUUGAGGUUAAUUUGUGGAAUAUUAAUCUGAAUUCUGGAAUGAAAUGUCUAAGAGAUUAGUCUCUCCCGUAGAAAGCAAAAUAAAGCAAGCUAUAAAUACCACUCUCUAGUUGUCACCAGUGGCUGUUAAAAACAGUUCCAGAGAACAAGAGAGGAAUACAAGUUCACAGUCACAAAAACUGUGUAGAUUUUUUUUAUAAGAUUGCAUUAAUAGCUACACACAGAAGAAUUUUACACCAGCGAGGUCAUCUAAGAUGUACAGAACCAAAAACACUAAUGAAAACAUAUUAAAUCUCAAGGAUUCUUACUUUGUUUCAAGUCAAAAUUCUACAUAACCUUGUAAAUACAUUCAUGCUUGCACAGGUUCAGUCACUUGAGCUACUCCUGUGAAGAUCUGUAAGGAAGGUUAAAUGCAUAUAUAAAUAAAUACGUGUGGGACUGGUAUCAUAUAUAAAUACUUGUGGGACCCAAACACCAUCAAGGCAGAUAUUGAGAACUUUACUGCUAUUUAUUGAUUAUAUUGCUCUACAGCUAUUAACUACGCUCUUCUCCAGUAAUAUAUGUUGUCUGUAAACUGCUAAGGCUUUUUUUGCAUGAAGACAUCUUGUCCUGUGCUGUAUUUCCUCUCAUUCCUUUCCUGUCCCUUUGCAAAAUAUUGUACUGCAGCUCAAAAAGCCUCAGCAUAGUUUUAAUGUUGUUCAUUUUCAAAGGAAGUAAUCCCCUGCUUGCCCUGCCUGGUACUAUAUUCCUUUGACUGUGCACAUGGUUGACUUGACAUCUGGUAUGUCAGUUGGGUUAAACAAAACUCUUGGAUUUUGAAGGUAAAUCCAUCAUAAAUAAAACUACCUGACGAGGUCUGAAGAUAACAUAUCUAAUGAGGUACUUGUGUUACAUUCAAGUGAACGUGGCUGCAAGAAUACAUUAAUUGCACAGUUAAAUUCACUAUGUGUUGAAAAAAGGCUGAUGGGAUUUGUAGAAUUACAUUUUGCUUAAUCCCAGCAUUACAACAAAUGGUAGACAAGAAGCUCAGAUGUAGUAUUUCCAACUCCUGUGCUGAUAUGACAAAUUUGUGGUCAGUAUUUUCUUAUUUCCUGCCUUUGUUUCUCUUUUUAACUCUUGGGAUGUAUUCUUGGCAGAGAUCUAUAACCUCAAACUGCUAUAAUCAACUAAUCUCAGCUGGGCUUUAAAAAGGUUGACCUUUCCUUUUCCACAGAAUUAAGAGAUGCAUCAGCUGGGCAAACUGUGGGCUCUAGAGUUAAAUGACAGUGCUUUAGAAUAAAAACUCCUUCACCCCUUGAAACGUGCUAACAUUCCUAAAGUAUUUCAACAUCUGCUUCCAAAUGUUGAUCUUGAACUUUCCACAUAUCAACAGCAAUAACUGCAUGAGCAGAAAGUGCAGAUGAACUUCACCCUUUCAGAAGUGGCCUGGUUGUACUUAAGAAAGUUCAGUACAGUUAGUCCUUUCCUUAAAUUGCAAGGAAAUGUGUUCAAAUUGGUUAACAGAAUGUCUGCCAGCACAGUUGUUUUUCAUUUUACCAAAAAGGGGCCUACAGCUAUGUUUUUUCAGUUCAUUAGAAUGCUACCUAGGGAAGUUACAUUUGAAUGUUACCCUGAGAGAAUUGGUUAAGGAAUAUAACUGGAAUGUAAUUUAAUAAAACCCCACACGUAUGAGGCUUUUGACCUUAGAAUAGCUGCAAAACAUAAUUAUCAGGAUUUCUCAGCUCUAAUUUUAUUGUACAGUAUACAUUGCACUUUACUCCAAGAGGAUGCAAUGCAGUAGUCUUCUGAUUGUUUCAGUACCACCACCUGAUGUAAAUCUGUCUUUGUGGUUUUGUAUUUAAUGACAAAACAGUAUGGACAACUAUAAUGUAUGUCAUUCCAGCACAGAAUAAUCUAAAAGAACAGUUUCUGCACUGAUAGAACACUCAGUAAUAAAAUUUGUCCUUUGCAAUGAGCAAAUACAGAGUUGUUCAUGUAGUGUGACACUGAACAACCUGCGUGGUCAACCGAUUUCAGUGUGAGGUGAGGACACUUUACUCCAGCCAUAAAGUCUGUUGCAUGAGUCAGUGCUGACGACCCAUCUUAACAAUUAACCUGUCCAUAUCCUAUAGUUUCAAAAUAAGCUGAGGUCUCCCAAGUUUUUCUAUAGUAGUGACACCGAGGUAAAAAUAUCUCCCUGACCUCCACAAGCAGUAAUCUGACACCCAUAACCAUGAGGCUUAGUUUCCUUUAUGCCGGAGAAUAAAUUCUCUGACAUAGAAGCCCAAGUACUUGCUCUCACUUCACUUUUCCAGAUUUGUGCGAAAGUAAAGAUGACAAUGUCACUGGUAUUGCAUAAGUGAUUGUGUCUCAUUAAAUCAAUUUAACUAGUAUUCAAAAUGCUCUUAGCUUGUGGGAUUUAAACAAAGAAAAUUAGUACUGAAAGAAGCAGAAGUAAAUUUUCUUUUGGAGCAAAAAUAUACCUGUAAGUAGCUGCAGCACAGCUUUGAGUGUUUUCAAAAGUUUGAUUUAUAGCACUUCACAGUAUGUGACUGGGCAGCUGAAAAGGCUUUUCACAGUUGUGGGGAUCUUGCAUAACUUGGGAAACUCUUUGAUAGUUCUUAAUUAGUCCACUACAGUUUGCUCUGUGGGACACUGUAUGCGCCAAGUAAUCAAGAUCCAAGUAUGGAACAAUGGAGCAAAGUGCACAACAUGCAAACAGACUGCUGAGAAAUCAUUUUUAAAAGUUAGCAAAGCCAACCAUAACUUUAAUUUUAGGGCUGAAUACCUUCUAAUGUUAACAAAGAAUGGAUUAGAAAUUGGAACGACUGUGCUGGCAGACAAAAGACUAAAUCCAUUAAUAGGGCUAUUCUACUUACUGCAAAGGCAAAUGGGCUGUCAAUAAAUCCUCCUGUCUUUCAAUGAAAUACAAUUUUCCUAAUCUUCAAGAUUCUCUUAACAUUAAAAUAUUUUGCAUCUCAA